AUGGCCGUGGCGCUGCGGUACGUGUGGCCUCUUCUCCUGUGCAGCCCCUGCUUGCUCAUCCAGAUCCCCGAAGAAUAUGAGGGACACCACGUGAUGGAGCCACCCGUUAUCACGGAGCAGUCUCCCCGGCGCCUGGUUGUCUUCCCCACCGAUGACAUCAGCCUCAAGUGCGAGGCCAGUGGCAAACCCGAAGUGCAGUUCCGCUGGACAUGGGAUGGUGUCCACUUCAAACCCGAGGAGGAGCCGGGCGUGACCGUGCACCAGGCGGCCCACUCGGGCUCCUUCACCUUGACCGGCAACAACAGCAACUUUGCCCAGAGAUUCCAGGGCACCUACCGCUGCUUUGCCAGCAACAGGCUGGGCACCGCCAUGUCCCAUGAGAUCCAGCUCGUGGCUGAGGGUGCCCCCAAGUGGCCAAAGGAGACGGUGAAGCCGGUGGAGGUGGAGGAAGGGGAGCCGGUGGUGCUACCUUGCCACCCACCCCUCAGCGCCGAGCCCCCUCGCAUCUACUGGAUGAACAGCAAGAUCCUGCACAUCAAGCAGGAUGAGCGCGUGACGAUGGGCCAGAACGGGAACCUCUACUUUGCGAACGUGCUCACCACGGACAACCACUCGGACUACAUCUGCCAUGCCCACUUCCUGGGCGCCCGUACCAUCAUCCAGAAGGAACCCAUUGACCUCCGGGUCAAGGCCACCAACAGCAUGAUUGACAGGAAGCCGCGCCUGCUCUUCCCUACCAACUCCAGCAGCCACCUGGUGGCCUUGCAGGGACAGCCUCUGGUCCUGGAGUGCAUUGCUGAGGGGUUCCCCACACCCACCAUCAAGUGGCUGCGCCCAAGUGGCCCCAUGCCAGCCGACCGCGUCACUUACCAGAACUACAACAAGACGCUGCAGCUGGUGAACGUGGGCGAGGAGGACGAUGGCGAGUACCGCUGCCUGGCUGAGAACCCGCUGGGCACUGCCCGGCAUGCCUACUAUGUCACUGUGGAGGCUGCCCCAUACUGGCUGCACAAACCCCAGAGCCAACUGUACGGGCCGGGAGAGACGGCGCGCCUCGACUGCCAGGUCCAGGGCCGGCCCCAGCCCGAGGUCACCUGGAGAAUCAACGGAAUCCCUUUGAAGGAGCUGAGCGAGGACCAGAAGUACUGGAUCAAUCCAGAAAACGCCUUGAUCCUGAGCAACGUGCAGCCGAGCGACACGAUGGUGACCCAGUGCGAGGCCCACAACCGGCACGGGCUCCUGCUGGCCAACGCCUACAUCCACGUUGUCCAGCUGCCCACCAAGAUCUUGACUCCAGACAACCAGACGUACCUGGCUGUCGAGGGUAGCACAGCCUACCUUCUGUGCAAGGCCUUCGGGGCCCCCGUGCCCAGCAUCCAGUGGCUAGACGAGGAAGGGGCAACAGUACUUCAGGACGAGCGCUUCUUCCCCUAUGCCAACGGGACCCUGGGCAUCCGGGACCUCCAGGCCAAUGACACCGCACGCUACUUCUGCCAGGCUGCCAAUGACCAAAACAAUGUGACCAUCGUGGCUAACCUGCAGGUCAAAGAUGCCACUCAGAUCACGCAGGGGCCUCGGAGUGCAAUCGAGAAGAAGGGUUCAAGGGUGACGUUCACCUGCCAGGCUUCCUUUGACCCCUCCUUGAAGCACAGCAUCACCUGGCGCAGGGAUGGCCGUGACCUCCAGGAGCUUGGAGACAGUGACAAGUACUUCAUCGAGGACGGCCGCCUGGUCAUCCACAGCCUGGACUACAGUGACCAGGGCAACUACAGCUGUGUGGCCAGCACCAAGCUGGACGCGGUGGAGAGCAGGGCCCAGCUGCUGGUGGUGGGGAGCCCCGGGCCAGUGCCCCAGCUGGAGCUGUCCGACCACCACCUGUUGAAGCAGAGCCAGGUGCGCCUGUCCUGGAGCCCCGCCGAGGACCACAAUGCCCCCAUUGAGAAAUAUGACAUUGAAUUUGAAGAUAAGGAAAUGGAGCCGGAGAAAUGGUACAGCCUGGGCAAGGUGCCAGGGAACCAGACCUCUACCACCCUCAAGCUGUCGCCCUACAUCCACUACACCUUUCGGGUCACUGCCAUCAACAAGUAUGGCCCUGGGGAGCCCAGCCCAGCCUCCGAGACCGUGGUAACACCUGAGGCAGCCCCAGAGAAGAACCCGGUGGAUGUCAGGGGGGAAGGGAAUGAGACCAACAACAUGGUCAUCACGUGGAAGCCGCUCAAGUGGAUGGACUGGAAUGCCCCCCAGGUUCAGUACCGGGUGCAGUGGCGCCCUCAGGGGGCACGGGGAGCGGCCUGGCAGGAGCAGAUUUUGAGCGAGCCGUUCCUGGUGGUGACCAACACGUCUACCUUCGUGCCCUAUGAGAUCAAAGUCCAGGCUGUCAACAGCCAGGGCAAGGGCCCUGAGCCCCACGUCACCGUUGGCUACUCUGGGGAGGACUUCCCCCAGGCCAGCCCCCAGCUAGACGGUGUCGAGAUCCUCAACUCGAGUGCUGUGCUGGUCAAGUGGUGGCCUGUGGACCCAGCCCAGGUCAAGGGCCACCUCCGGGGAUACAACGUGACGUACUGGUGGGAGGGCAGCCAGAGGAAGCACAGCAAGAGACAUGUACACAGAGGCCACGUGGUGGUGCCUGCCAACACCACCAGCGCCAUCCUCAGUGGCCUGCGGCCUUACAGCUCGUACCACCUGGAGGUGCAGGCCUUCAACGGACGGGGCGCGGGGCCUGCCAGCGAGAUCACCUUCAGCACCCCGGAGGGAGUGCCCGGCCACCCUGAGGCGCUGCACCUGGAGUGCCAGUCGGACACCAGCCUGCUGCUGCGCUGGCAGCCUCCGCUCAGCCACAACGGCGUGCUCACCGGCUACAUCCUCUCCUACCACCCCUUGGACGAGGGCGGCAAAGAACAGCUGUCCUUUGACCUCCGCGACCCGGAGCUUCGGACGCACAACCUGACCAACCUCGACCCCCACCUUCGGUACCGCUUCCAGCUGCAGGCCACCACGAAGAAGGGCCCAGGCGAGGCCAUCGUGCGGGAAGGAGGCACCAUGGCCUUGUCCGGGGUCCCGGAUUUUGGCAACCUGUCAGCCACAGCAGGCGAAAACUACAGCAUCGUCUCCUGGGUCCCUAGAGAGGGCCAGUGCAACUUCGGGUUCCACAUCCGGUUCAAGGCCCUCGGUGAGGAGAAGGUGGACUACCUCCCGUCACAGUACGUCAGCUACAACCAGAGCUCCUACACGCAGUGGGGCCUGCAGCCAGACACCGACUACGAGAUCCACCUGCUCAAGGAGAAGAUGCUUCUGCACCAGGUGGCCGUGAAGACCAACGGCACCGGACGGGUGAGGCUGCCUCCGGCCGGCUUCGCCACCGAAGGCUGGUUCAUUGGCUUCGUCAGCGCCAUCAUCCUCCUGCUCCUCAUUCUGCUCAUCCUCUGCUUCAUCAAGCGCAGCAAGGGUGGCAAGUACUCAGUGAAGGACAAGGAGGACACCCAGGUGGACUCAGAGGCCCGGCCGAUGAAAGAUGAGACCUUCGGCGAGUACAGGUCCCUGGAGAGUGACAACGAGGAGAAGGCCUUUGGCAGCAGCCAGCCAUCCCUCAAUGGGGACAUCAAGCCCUUAGGCAGUGACGACAGCCUGGCCGAUUACGGGGGCAGUGUGGACGUCCAGUUCAAUGAAGACGGCUCUUUCAUCGGCCAGUACAGCGGCAAGAAGGAGAAGGAGGCAGCGGGUGGCAAUGACAGCUCUGGGGCCACCUCCCCCAUCAACCCCACAGUGACCCUGGAGUAG